UCUCUUCGACUCCUACCAUUAUUCCUUCUCUCAUUUCAUUUCUCGGUCUCACUUUUCUCUUUCCAGGAAGACGAUGCUCGCCUGAGACAACUGCAAGAGGCUGUAGAUUGCGACCCGAACAACCCUUCUCACCAUUACGAGCUCGGGCUUUUCUUAUGGAAGAAGGUGGAAGAGUCGAAGGAAUUUAAGGAAAAAGCAGUGGAGCAUUUUGUUAUCUCCGCCAAGUUAAACCCUAACAAUGGCGCUGCAUUUCGCUUCUUAGGGCAUUACUACAGCCGAGUGUCUGUCGAUUCCCAAAGAGCUUCAAAAUGCUACCAGAGAGCUGUGACUCUCAAUCCUGAUGAUUUUGAAGCAGGGGAGGCUCUAUGUGAUUUGUUGGAUGACGAAGGAAAAGAGAGCUUGGAGAUUGUUGUCUGCCGAGAAGCUUCGGAGAAGUCGCCCCGAGCUUUUUGGGCUUUCCGGAGAUUAGGUUACCUGCAGGUGCAUCAAAAGAAAUGGUCUGAAGCAGUACAGAGCCUUCAACAUGCCAUACGAGGCUACCCCACUUGUGCAGAUUUGUGGGAAGCUUUGGGCCUAGCAUAUCAGCGACUGGGCAUGUUUACAGCUGCUAUAAAGUCAUAUGGGCGAGCCAUUGAAUUGGAGGACUCAAGAUUCUUCGCAUUGGUUGAGGGUGGAAACAUUUUAUUGAUGCUUGGCUCCUUCAGAAAAGGAAUUGAGCAGUUUCGACAGGCUUUAGAAAUAUCACCUCAUGAUGUUGCUGCACUCUAUGGGCUCGCUUCCGGGCUGCUUGGUUUGUCUAAGGAAUGUGUUCAUUCUGGUGCAUUUGGUUGGGGAACUGCAUUAUUGGAGGAAGCAUCUGAGAUUGUGAAAACAAGUACAUCCUUGGCUGGAAAUAAUGCCUCUUCCUGGAAAUUGCAUGGUGAUAUUCAGAUUACAUAUGCAAAAUGUUUCCCAUGGAUGGAAGAAGGAUUGAACUUUGAAACUGAUGAGGAGGCUUUCAGAAAUUCCAUCCUUUCUUGGAAAAGGAAGUGUCUUUCAGCUGCAAUAUCUGCGAGUCAUUCCUAUCAGCGGUCUUUGCACUUGGCUCCAUGGCAAGCUAACAUCUAUACUGACAUUGCAAUCUCUCUUGAUCUCAUUUGUUCUUUGGAGGAGAGGAUUAAACCUGAACCAGAUGCUUGGCAGUUAUCUGAGAAGAUGUGCCUUGGUGGUUUACUACUUGAAGGAGACAACAAUGAUUUCUGGGUGGCUCUAGGUUGUUUAUCCAACAACAAUGCAUUAAAACAACAUGCUCUUGUCCGGGGAUUGCAGUUGGAUGUAUCUCUUGCUGUUGCAUGGGCAUACCUUGGAAAAAUUUACAGAAAUGAGGGUGAGAAACAACUGGCGAAACAGGCAUUUGAUCGUGCUAGAAGCAUAGAUCCCUCACUUGCAUUACCAUGGGCAGGCAUGUCUGUGGAUAUUCAUGCUGGGGGUUACACACCAGAUGAGGCUUAUGAAAGCUGUCUACGGGCUGUUCAGAUAUUGCCUCUUGCAGAGUUCCAGAUUGGUCUUGGAAAGCUUGCUGCUCUUUCAGGCCACCUGUCAUCUCCCCUAGUUUUUGGAGCCAUCUGCCAGGCUGUGCAACAUGCACCUCACUGUCCUGAGUCACAUAAUCUAAAUGGGCUGGUUUGUGAGGCGAGGUCGGAUUAUCAGUCUGCUGUUGCUGCUUAUAGGCUAGCUCGAUUAACCAUCAGUACUUCUACCAGAAUGGGACCAGACUCCCUCUUCUGUGAUAUUUCCAUUAAUCUGGCUAGGUCACUGUUUUUGGCAGGGAAUGCUCUUGACGCUGCUCAAGAAUGUGAGCUUCUGAAGAAAGAAGGUUUGCUUGAUAGCCGGGGCUUGCAGGUGUAUGCCAUCUCUUUAUGGAAACUUGGCAAGAAUGACCUGGCCCUUUCUAUGGCGAGAAGCUUAGCUGCAAGUGUUUCUACUAUGGAAAGUACAGCUGGUGCUACCUCCAUUAGUUUGAUCUUUAAAUUGCUCUACCACAUCUCGGGGAUAGAAUCUGCAGUAACAAGCAUCCUGAAAAUGCCAAGGGAACUAUUGCAGAGUUCAAAAAUCAGUUUUAUUGUCUCUGCAAUUCAUGCUCUAGACCAUAGUGGCAGACUGGAGUCAACUGUUUCAAUUACACGACGUUUUGUUACAUCUCAUGAGGAGAUUACUGGAAUGCACUCUUUAAUUGCCUUAAGCAAACUAGUCAAACAUGGAUCAGAACUGAACCUGGAUAAUCAGAGUAGAGUCAAUCACCUCAAAAAAGUUCUUCAUAUGUACCCUAACAGCAGUUUAAUAAGGAAUGAACUUGGUCAUCUUUUGGUAUCCAGUAAAAAAUGGAAAGAUACGCAUACAGUUACUAGAUGUGUCGUCAUAGACCCUCCUGGUCGCACAAGUGUGGAGGCUUCAAACUCGGCAUACAAGAUUCUAGGUGCUGCUGCAAUUGCAUGCUAUGCCUGUGGUACGACCAACCAAAAGUUCUCCUUCCCUACGUGUAAAGACCAGUUCAUGCAUGAAGGACAGGCAACCAAACAAAUGCAGAAAUGGUUACAUCAAGAACCAUGGAACCAUAACGCACGGUUCUUGCUUCUACUUAAUGCUCUACAGAAGGCUCGUGAGGAGAGAUUUCCUCAGCAUCUUUGUGGUACACUUGAACGGCUACUGUCAGCUGCUCUCUUGGAUGAAGUAUACUCAAAGAAAGAUGUCUCUCAUCAAUAUCAAAAGUUCCAACUUCUCCUUUGUGCUUCUGAGAUCAGUUUCCAAGCUGGGGACCACUUUGGAUGCAUCAACCAUGCUACAAAUGCAUCAAGGCUUGUGCUUCCUGAUGGAAUUCUCUUUUUUGCACAUCUGCUACUGUGCCGUGCCUAUGCAGUUCAAGAGGAUUUAUCGAGACUGCAGGAUGAGUAUACGAAAUGCUUGCAGCUCAAGACUGAUUAUCAAAUUGGUUGGGUAUGCCUUAAAUUUCUAGUAUCUAGAUACAAACUCCAGAUUGAUUCGAAUGCCAUAGACUUGAACUUCGAAGAGUGCUUCAAAGAGAGCGAGAGUACCUCAAAUCUGUGGAUGGCCAUCUUUGAGUUAGUAAGAGGUCAAAUUUCCAUACGGGAUCAUGAUUAUCUUUCUGCUCAAGAGGCUUUUGCACGUGCUUGUUCAUUGGCAAGAGCAGACAGUUGUGUCCAUCUUUGUCAUGGGGCCAUUUGUAUGGAGCUUGCCAGGCAAGGGUACGGUUUCCAGUUCUUAUCGGUUGCAGCAAGCAGUCUCAGAAAAGCUCAAGGGUGCUCUGUCAUUCCUCUCCCUAUUGUAUCUGCAGUGUUGGCUCAAGCAGAAGCAAGCCUUGGCUCCAAAGCAAAAUGGGAGAAAAACAUCCGUCUUGAAUGGUUUUCUUGGCCACCAGAGAUGAGACCAGCAGAAUUGUAUUUUCAAAUGUAUUUGCUUGCAAGGCAACUGAAAGAUGGUUCUGAUUCUGCAUCAAAUGUGGAGUCCUAUCAGAGUCCGAAGAGAUGGGUUCUCCGAGCAAUACAUUUGAACCCAUCCUGUUUACGAUACUGGAAGGUUUUGCUGAAGUGGAGUGACUGCCCUAGUUUCUGGUACUAAUUUUACUGGUUAUUCAUCGUACCCUUAUUUUAACUUGAGUGGAUUUGUCUUGGAAGCUUUUCAGGCAUGUGUAACAUUCCACCAACGAUUUGUCCCACCGGGAAAAUAUCUAAGAGCUCAUUAUCAACUAGCAAGUAGCAGAUCAGAACAUAGAUUUCAAGUAGAGUUGGAUCAUGUCCUGGUCAUUUGUACCAUACGUUUACAUAUUAUGCCUUGAACGUCUGUCCCAAUUGUCUAACAUUACAUGAAAUAUACUUUGUAACUCAAGCUGUUCAAGUUAGGCUUCGGGUUAGGGUUAAGAGUAAUUGAACUACUCCAGUUACUCCCAAGGUUUUGAUAUCUUUGUGACUUGGUUUUGGAUUUUCGUAGGCAAGUGUCGAGUAGUGAGCUUGUAUAUGCUGUUUUCAUUUGCUCUGUCUGAUGUUGUGUUCUUUUUUAGUCUUGCUUUCUACCCAAGUAAAUUAUGGCAAGUCUUUCCUUCUCUC